UAACUUAACAACGGAUUCGAUAACAUAGGUAAUCAAAUUUGGUCCAUUUCUCCCUCAAUAUUUUGAUUAUGUAGACGUUAUAACCUUUGCUUUCUUUGUGCUUGUUACUGAUUUCUAUCGUUCAAUGUCAAAAUCACCGACUUUCAGUUCGAUGCUUUUUUCAAAUUUCCAAGUCUUCUUUACAGUCAAAAUUGAAUCGUACAUUUCAAGUACUAAUAAAAAUAACAGAAAAAAGUUUUUAAUUAACCAUUUCCAUUACAUUACCAUAUUAUCAUAGAUAAUUAAUGAUUACAAUAACCAGUUGGUCUUAUUGAAAUUAGUUUCAUAUCUCGUAUCAAUGUAUUGUUUCACGUUUGUGGACUUCUGUAGAAAUAUAAAAACAUUCCAGAAUAAUGUUCAGGUCCAUUAUCAUUUCCUGUCUUCGAUUUUGAUAUGAUCAAAGAAUUGGUGCUGCGAUAAAGAGGUUGCUACUAGGAGUUAUUGUCAUGGAUUUUCCUCAGUUCCGUAAAAUUGAACAACUUACAAGUGAUGCGAUAGAAAACAAGUGAUUGUGUGGUAAUUGACAUAAAAGUGUGUCGGUGUGCCCCAGAAGGUACUUUUUAGUGGAGCCACCAGGCUAUGGCCAACCUGAACUUUGAGCAGCCUCCACGCAGUAGUGCGAACGCAAGCCUUACAUCGCGUACGGGUGGUGGGGGGGGCUUAAAUUCGUCAACCCUGACAGGUCAUGUCACACCUACCUCGGGCAUGUUCUCAGGCUCAUCUACAAGCACUUCAAGCUCGAUCACGUCUGCGGUAGUAGUUACUAGCGUUUAUAUUGGAGCCUCAGGAGCUGGAGGUGGACAAAAUAAUCAUCAACCUCAACAACAACAGCUCUCUCCUAUGGGCAGUAGAGGACUGUUUGGACAGAGAGCUUUUACAGAUAGACGUACGAUGCCUACUCUUGGAACCUCGAAUCCAAUGGGUAGCAUGGGCACUUUUGGAAUACCACAAAGUCGUAAUUACGGAUCUCAAGGACAAAUUAAUAAUUUUCACUCUGUUUUUGGCAGUGGAGGAGGUGGAGAUACAAGUACUCCUCCAUUGUUGGAUCUGUCUGAGUUUCCUUCAUUAACAAACAGAGGACAGGGUGAUUCUAUGCCGCAACCUAGUCCUAUGCCUGGCAAACAACCUUAUGUUGGAAUGGUAAAACAACCAACAUCUGAAUCGAGUGAAUUUACUAUGAGUUCUGAAGAUUUCCCAGCAUUGCCAGGAACACAAAAUAGAGAAGGACCAUCGCCAGGUGGGAGUGUAUCUGGGGACAAAAAUGUACCUGUUGGACUUGGUCCUGAAAUUGGACAAGACGUAUUGCAAGCGAAUAGAGCACAUGGAUCUGAUAUGUCCCAAUCGUCUAAAAGAGGCAUACAAACAUCACCUGAUGGAAAAGUAACCAAUAUACCAGCUAGUAUGGUAAAAGAUCAGUUUGGAAUGAUUGGACUUUUAACAUUUAUUAGGGCAGCUGAAACAGAUCCGAAUUUAGUGUCUUUGGCAUUAGGCCAAGAUCUAACCGCGUUAGGAUUAAAUCUUAAUUCGCCAGAAAAUCUUUACCAAAACUUUGGUGGUCCUUGGGCUGAAACUCCGUGCCGGCCUCAGGAUAUUGAUUUUCACGUGCCGCCAGAAUAUCUUAUUAAUGCUGCAAUCAGAGAUAAACUAGCACCAGUUAAAUUAAAUCGAUAUAAGGAAGAUCUACUAUUUUAUAUGUUUUAUACAAAUGUUGGGGAUGUUCUGCAGUUAGCAGCAGCAGCAGAGUUGUACAGUAGAGAGUGGAGAUAUCAUAUGGAAGAAAAGGUAUGGAUAACCCAAGCACCGGGGUUGGGACAUGUAGAAAAAACGUCAACCUAUGAACGUGGUACUUAUUAUUAUUUUGAUGCGCAAAGUUGGAGAAAAGUAGCAAAGGAAUUUCGUUUGGAUUAUACAAAACUAGAAAGUAGACCUCAUCUUCCCACGAACUUUCAUCAAACCCAGCCUUGACUACAGAUCUGCUUGCAGACCAUUGUGUUGUCUUUAAGCUGGACAGGAAACAGCUAUUGUAUAAAUGAACAAAUGUAAUAAUCUUUAAUAAAAACAUAAAAUUUCAAGAGUAAUAGAAAGGAAUCUUGAAUUAACUGCUUGUGAUUACAAUAGAAAUGGAAAUAGGCCUGAUGUAUGUAGACGGUAGUAAUAUAAAGUAGGGUCUGUCUGUGUAUAUAUAAUUUUGAUAUAAGAUAAACAUAGAUCUGAAAUAUUCAGAUUCUUAUUAAAGAUGUCUACUAUCUUUGUAAUGUACAUAAAAAGUAGUAAACGUUGGAAGACUAAAUGAAAUUUUGCCAAUUAAUAACUGAAAAUUUCAUAUUUUUAUAAGUGGCAUAUUUAUAUAAUUUUCAUUUGAAAUUUUUUAAUAUUUUGUAACUUCUAAUCGAUACAUAUAUAACGAUGAUCUCUUUUUUUUAUUAGAUCCUUAUUAGAUUUUGAUAGUUUAAUUGUGUUUCAUAUUGAGACUUGCAGCAAAUACUCGGUUCGACACCACUUCAAAAUGUUAAAUUGGAAUGUUGUUUAAUAUAAUGGUUCUUAUAUUGUGCCCCCUUAUAUAUAUAUAUAUAUAUAUAUAUAUAUAUA